ACAAGCAGCGAAUUGGUGCAGCCGCCUGAUUCUUCAAAAAGUCUUUCCCUGUGUAACCUGGUCAUGGAGGAAACCCCAAACAGUGGGUCAUCAGAAGAUAUUAACAGAUUUCAAACUGAUCUAGGUUCACUCAACUGGGGCCUAGAUGUUAGCACACCCAGUGUCAGCCAGGAAAUUACUGCAGGCGGUUCUUUGCUUUUCCCUGGGGCAGAGCAAACCUCAACCGAAUCCACGGAUACUCUGCCUGCUCGUGUUUGGCCUGCUGUAGGUGAGCAGGAGGAUGCUGCACCAGGGUCAGCUUCUGUAAACGAAAACCAGAGGACUUCACUGGAGGACCAGUUGGAUGCCAAAAACAUCCCAUGGGAAGAUGUGGUGACCGAUCAGCCCUUAGUGAACAUAACCAGUUUUGAGACACCCGUCCUGGGAACCGAUAGCUUGUUGGAUGAACCCCUCCCCUGUGAUGUGCAAAAGGCAGAGGAAGAGUGGGAGGAAGAAGAGUGGGCAGGUGUCAAGCCGAGUGAAAAGGUAGAGACCAGAGCUGUUAAUUACAAGGAGGUAGAAGGCACAGAGGAAGUGGAAGAGCAAGGUUGCGAAACCAAGGGAAACAGUGAGGCAGAACUUGAUAAGGGUAUAGCAAAAUCAGAUCUCGAAAUUUUAGUCAGCACAGAGGUAGAAAAUAUAUCUGAGUUGGAAGAUAAUGAUGGGGAUGCUGGGAGAGCUAGAGGUGCUGAGCUAGAAAACCCUAGGCAAGAAGAAUUCAAAGGGUUCAAUGUCAUGGAGGAGGCAGACAGAGAAAUACCAUUGUUGAGCACAGGGCUGGAAGGUGGGGACGAAAUAGUAGUGGACAACUGUAAAACUACAGAAAACACUGCCACUGAACCUGAGAGAGUCUUUGGUAGCUGGGAUCAGGACCAUGAAAGGACAUCUGAGGAUGGCUUAACCCAAACUGGCAGUGGUACUGGAGAGUGUGCAUCCACGGAGUAUAUAAACAUGACGGCACGUGCUGACCUAGAGGGAACUGACCACACAGAAAUAGACCCCGCAGACACUGGAAAUGCUCUGUGUGAUGCUGAAUUAUUCAGUGCAGAAGAGUCUGGUAAAGGAAAUGAAGACAACACCGUCAGUCUCUUCCCAAAUGGCAGUGCUGGUGCUGAAGGUCAGGCUGCUGCUGAAAAAGAGCGGGCACUGCUACACAGGACAGCGGAUGCUGCUAGCACAAGCUGCGUUAAUCCUUGCCUAGAUAACGCAGAAGAUGAAGUGACAGGUAGGAUGGCAGCAGCCGUCGCUGAAGAUCAUCCCAGUGGCAGUGAAAAAAAAAGGCUGACAAACUGGGAUCCAACGGUUACUACUGAUUCCUGGGGGUUUUCUAAUCUCUCAGAUGGCCAAGCCAAUGGACUGGAUAAUUGGCCCUUUUUCCCCAAGCAGGAAGACUCAGAGGAAGGUAACAUGGAAAAUGUUUGGUUAGGCAUUAGUGAUAAGUGGUCUACACAGGACCUAGGAGGGACUGACAGCAGCUGGGGAGAAGUAGGUGCGAGCACAAAAAGUCAGGAGGCACCAAUAAAACAAGGCUUGCCUGGGGAGCAGGCAGGCGUUAGCAAUCCUGGACCGAGCAAGGAGGUAGCUAGACCCUUGGCUCUGUUUCAAAUAGGAAAUUCCAGAAAUGCUAGCACCGAGAGUUCAACUAGUCCUAAAGACAAUGAGACCAACAACUCAGAUUUAUCUGAAGAUGAAAUUGCUAACCGGAGAUAUGGAUUGUUGUACCAGGAAAUUGAGGCUGAUAAAGAAGAGGCUUCCAGCACAGCAUUUAAUGGAUUUGCACAGGAUACCUCUGCAUUCACAGUGCAAUCAAAUGAGAAUGUGACAGAGCCUUUGGCGGAGGCUGAAGAAGCUCCACCUGGGGAACCCAAGGUCGAGGAAACCCCUGCUGCUGCUGUUGCGGAAAAGGAGGCCGUCCCUGCUGAGCCUGCCAAACCAGCAGAGCAGGCUGUGGAGCAGCAGGUUAUAAUGGGAAGAGUUGUUGAGUGGUGGCGGAAAUUUGAGCUUGCUGGAAGCUGCAAGGUCGGCAGUGUUGUGGGUCGUUGCUUACUAAAAAAAUUCUUCAAAGCUGGUGCUAUUAUGAGAAUUCUGGACAGUGUGGAGGCAGGGGAUGAGACACCUGGAGUUGCUGAGAAAGAGAGCGAGGAGGGUGUUGCUGAAGGUGACAAACCUCAGGGAGAAGAGAAGGAGGCUGAUGUGUCUCAGGAGAAGGUCGGCAGCAUCCCUUCAGUAGUAAUAGAGCCAGCAUCAAACAACGAGGGGGAAGGAGAAGAACACGAGGUCAUCGUGAAUGAGUCCAAAGAUGCUGCUGCAGAGAUGGGCACUCAGGGCACUGACACGUCUCCCGGUGAAACUUCCCAAGCUGAAAGCGAGCAGAAGCCGACCGAAGAGACGCAGGCCGCACCUUCUCAAGACCAGCCUGUUUCGGCAGAAGAUGCGGCUCCGGCACUGCCACCCGGCUUUCUCUUUAAGGUUGAAGUUCUACACGAUUUCGAGGCAGCUAACAGUGAUGAGCUUAAUUUAAAACGAGGAGAUAUUGUGCUAGUAAUUCCUUCUGAGACCACAGCCGAUCAGGAAGCUGGCUGGUUGACGGGCAUUAAGGAAUCCGAGUGGCUUCAGUACAGAGAUGCAAAUAGUUAUAAAGGACUUUUCCCAGAGAACUUCACGCACCACCUGGAGUAGUGCUCCCUCCGCUCAGGCAGACGAACGUGGUACGAAGCUCAGUCAGUAGGUUUUUAACCUCUCUGAAACACAGGAGCUCACCUUUUUGUAGUUUAAGCUGUUAAUGGUUUACAGACUGGUGCCAGACAAAGCUUGUUGGAACAUAUCAAAAUGAGCAUGAAUGCAAGCAGUUAAGCUAGCAAUUUCUGAAGCAGUACAUGAAGAAAAACAAAUCAGCUAAAAAAGAAAUGUCCUUAUUUGUUCACACGUACGUGGCAACAGGUUUGUUUGUGCUUUGUCAGAGCUAUGGUGAUCCUGUAUUUGGUCCUUUCCCAUGAAAUCUGAAAUUAGCCUCCUCAAUACCAAAACCUUAACUUCUCUGCACUACGUGUGUUGUACUGAGUUGCACUGCAGAAGAUUUAAUUAGUUAUCCUGUAGUAAUGAGGUCAAACUAUUGUAAGUUUCAUGUGUUUAAAACAAAACUAAACAACUGCUGCAACGUUUUUCAAUGUUAUUUUUGGACGUGCAUAAUAUAUAUACACCCGAGAACUUCGAACGUGUAUAUAUAAGUGCAUAUGGAUGUAUAUGCAUUUCCACAACCUCCUCGUAGAUCUUUGACUGUUUAGUAUCAUCAGUACAUGCAUCGCUCUUCCACUGUCUGGCAUUACAGGAAACGGUUUUGUUCCCAAGCGAAAACUAGCUGCUCCAUUGCCAAAACAUGAUACGGUAUCUGUGUUUGUAAUGUGAAAUUUUCAUUCCAAGAUGAUGAACAACAUCAUGUUCCAAGCUGCUAAACCUUUGAGAAGGCAUGGCUCAGUCUCCCCUUCCAGCUGCUGUAGUUACAAUGAGAUAAUCUGGGGUGGGAGCUGUUAUGAUGCUAAUCUAUACUUUUUUAAUUUAAUUGGCUGAAUAAAUAAAUAAAAGAAACAGAACUAAUCUCUGAGAAGAAAUAAACACAAUAUAUUUUCACUAUAUGUAUUUAUGCAGCGUACCUUCACAGAUCCUUUUAAAAUAAGAUAUAUAAUGUAUCCUGUAUCAAAAAGUCAUCUGUAACUUAUGUUUUCCAGUGCUGUGUCAUUAAAAAUAAACCUUUGACCCAGAGAA